AUGCAAACAAUAAUUGAACGUAGCAGCAGAGGUGAAACAGGCGCCAGUCAAGAACACAGUGAGAACAGCCAACCCUUUGUCAAAACCUCUAGCCCUGCAGAUUCCUCUUUGCCACAGCUUGAUGAUAAUGAAUCAGCGAACAAGUUUAAAAAUGAACUGGAAAAAACGGAGGCUGAAAACGGUGGAGGCAGGCUUGCUCGUUUUCGCGAAGCUAUCCGGUACUCCUCGAAGACACCGCGAAAUCAUUCCCACGAUACAAUCCUCGCGGAAGAUCAGCCUUUGCCCUUACUAGUAAACCUCACUGGGUUGCCUCUAUUUGUUCAUGUAACGAGUCGGGAAAAGCGUACAGUAGAAGCACAGGGAGAAAAUAGCAACUCUCUGACAUUGGCUAACCACCUUGUAACGGAUGACUUUGGUGUUCAUCGUCGAAAGGCUCUGGCGGAACUUGUAGAAACGGCAUCCAAUCCUGCUAAUGGGCCCAAAGAAGGAGCAUCGGCAUACGCUGGAGACUGUCUUGUCGGCAAAGACCGCAGCUUCUGCACUUCUGUGGCCUCUCCUGACAACAAAAGUGCCUUGCUCGGAUCCCCAGCAAUGGCCGACGAAGGAACUCAAGGCUGGAGACUUCUACGCCAUGAGGAAAGCUUUCGUGUACCUCUAGAUGACCAUAACUACAUUAGUUCAGCACAAGUCUCGGCAGAAACCCCUCUGGUGUUGUGCCUGCAGGGCCAGACGAGGAAGGUGGUCGUUCGUGUGCUCAUUAUGGGAUCAGCAUUUGAAAUAAACGAUUUUAACCUCGACGGCAGCCACGUUUCGAUCCGCGAGCUACCGUUAACGAUACCGGCUCCUUUAAAUCAUCAAAUUCCUAGGGAUGCACGGAAAAAGAUACGUCACGAGUUGCUGCACUCUUCUGUUCGCAUUCUUAUCAAAACAGUAUUCAUACAAAGCAGCAGAACCUUUAAUACGUAUUUCUCAUCGACAAUCUCCAUUCGAAAUAACCUACCUACACCUGUCCUGGUGCGUUCGUUGUCAAAAGACAUUCUCGUAAUACACAUGUUUUUCAGCCGCACUACCUUCCCCAUGCCCAACCCUGCUCGCCAGUCCCUUUACAAAUAA